AUGAAGGUGCCCAAGGCCAAGCACUCGCCCUCCUCAUCCAACAGCGGCUUCAGUGCAGACCGUUCGCAAACCACAGCAAGCACUUUCGCCAACAAAGCCGGCCAUCCGUAUCCCUCCAAGAUCCUCGCCUGCGUUGCAUGUCGGAAUAGUAAAGUCAAGUGCAUCUCGGACAGUCCAGAGCACUGUAAACGAUGUCUGGAGCACGGGCUCACGUGUAUACGCCCUGAGUAUCAACGCCUCAAGAAGGCAAAGGCCAAGCUCGCACGCUUUCAAGAGCAAACGGGCCUGCCAAACAACGAUAAGCACGAUGCCGAAGCUGCCUUCUUGGACGAGCAUCAAGAGGAGACCGACGAGCUGCUCGGUGAACAGCCCGUCUUGCCGCAGGAGGCGACCACCACCCUUUUCAGCAAUGCCUCGUACGGAAAGUCGUCGCAGCUCUUGCACAGCUUGCACAGUGUUCGCGCUGAUGUCGGUCAGGACUGGGACCCCGUCUCUGCCGGUAUCAUGGACCUCGAAACGAGCAAGAUUCUCUUCGACACCUUCAUGCUCAAGCUCGAGGCGCUCUUGUCGUUCUUUGAUCCACGCAUCCACACCUACCAGUACAUCCGAACGCACUCGAGUCUGCUCUUCACCACCAUGUGCUGGCUCGCUGCCACUGUCUCCGAACUCCCAGCUGCGCUUCGCGUAUCGAACGGGCUCAAAGCUCACAUCGACAACGUCCUUCUUCCCGCCAUCUACUGCCAGAAUCUGCGCUCCGUCGAAAUCGUGCAGGGCUUCCUCAUGCUUGCAGCUUACAUCAGCCCAACUCGGAACCCCUCCGAAGAUCGAUCCUGGACCUUGUUGGGCCACGCAAUUCGUGUAGCCACCGAUCUGGACAUGCAUUCUCGUGUUCUGUCCACAUCUCAGCAGAAUCAGACUUCAUCUGGCUCGGCUCACAAGGACGGCUCUCUCGACGAGCACUCUACGCAGCAUGCAACAGCUCGUGAGAAAGAUGCUCAGAAGCAGCAUGACGUCCUGCAUCAGCGCAAUCGCGAGCGCGCAUGGAUGCAUGUCUGGCUUCACGAAGCUUCCUCAUCUCAGUACACCGGUCGCGUCUCGCUUCUCUCCAAGGACCCCAUCGUCGAGUCUUCGCGCGGCUGGCACCUGCAUCCCGAGGCGUUGCACACCGACGUUGUCUUUGUCGCCCUCAUCGAGUUACGAUCACAGCUUUCACAGAACAAGGAGCUCUUCCGUCUGCUCAGCGGCCGCUGUGCGCCCAUCUCCAACAAUCAACCCUCAAUGCCGAGUCAGGCCUCGACAGCGGCAGCAGAGCUCGAUUCUUCCUGGAUUCGUCACUACCUAGAUCGAUGUCACCGGGACCUUUCGUCAUGGGAAGAGAGAUGGGUCGUCAACCCUUCGCACUCUUCAAGCCAUCCUCGGCCUCUGCGCUUCGAGCUAGGAUCGCUUUACAUCUGCUACGCUCGUAUGCAGCUGCUGUCGCUACCUCUGCAAUGGCCCACUCUGCAACCAUCGAUGGCAACGCGCAUCGUUUCCGACUUGCACUCUGUGUCUAUCAAAUACCUGGAGGACUUUCUCGAUCGCACUUCGCCGCAACGACUUGCACACUCUUACAACUCGAUCUGCGUCACCGCUACCUACGCUGUCGUCAUUGCACUCAAGCUCACCAAGCUGGCACCUGCCUACUCUUUCAUACACUCAUCCAAGAUCAUCAAGCUUGUGACUCGCGUCUCUGACUAUCUGCGCAAGGCUGGUAACUGGACACCGCACCAGAACGGUUCCAGCUUAUCGUACGCAAAGUACAUUGACCAACUUCUCGACAUGGAGAGCAAAGCCCCGGGCGACCAGACGGAAGGCACGGCGCAGUCGAACGAUCGCAGCUCAGGGGCGCAGGGCCACAGCAGAGUCAGUGGAGGCCCAUCCGUGAUGGAAUCGGCCGGAGACAGCCACGCCAAUGGAGAUGUGAAUGUUCCCUCGCAGCGCAAGUCCGUACCUAACAUCGUCGGUGCUUCUCUAUCAGCAGCUGACACAAGCCUGCCUCCACCGUCAGAUCGAUAUCCGACCCGAAACCAGCCAUCGACACUUCAGCGGACUCAGUCUCAUCACUUGGCUCAUCCGCUCAGCUCGCCGCGUACCAUCUACAGCGCGACCCCCGCUUCCGACACUGGUCUGUUUCCGCGUAUCUCAUCGAGUCCUCGGCCGGCUCAACCUCCUGUGCAUCUUCCCACAACUCCCUCAUCGCAUUUCUCGCUUGCACCAGGAUUGACCGACACCAUGCCUGUCGCUGCCGGACCUGAUCAGUUCCAAUUUGCCACGGCUCCAGGCUUCGAAGCUGGUCACACGCAGUGGAGCUCGCUCGCAAACGAUCCCGAACUCUUUGCUUGGGCAAGGUCGUUCCUCAAUGAAGAGCUCGACUUUACCAUGCCCGGCGCUUCCUUCGGCUGA